AUGCCCUCAUGUAAUAACUCAAUAUCUCAGCCCUUGAUAUUUAUCCUGGCUGGAAUCCCAGGCCUGGAAUCUUCCCAUGGCUGGUUCUCUGUGCCUUUUUUCUUGAUAUUUGUAAUAACCAUCAUAGGAAAUGUCACCAUCUUAAAUAUCAUUCGGAUAGAAAAGAGUCUCCAUGAACCUAUGUUUCUCCUUUUGGCUAUGCUAUCAGUUGUGGACCUGUGCCUGGUUACAGUCACUGUACCCAGAAUGCUAGGAAUCUUCUGGAUGAAUGCCAAAGAGAUCAGUUUCGAUGCCUGCCUCACACAGAUGUUUUUUAUCCCUUCCUUUUAUGUAAUGGAAUCAGGAAUUCUCUUGGCCAUGGCUUUUGAUAGAUUUGCAGCUAUCUGGUACCCUUUGAGGUACACAACCAUCCUUGAUAGCAACAUGCUGGUGAAGAUGGCACUAGCUAUACUGGCAAGGGCAGUGGCAGUGCUAACCCCUGCACCCAUCCUGAUAAAAAGGCUGAAACGAUUCCAAACGCAGGUCAUUAGUUAUUCCUACUGCGCAUACAUGGCCGUUGUGAUGAUUGCUUGUGGAGAUAUUUCCAACCAUGUUAUCUACGGCCUCAUGGUUAUUGUAGCAUCUGUAGGUGUUGAUCUACUUUUUGUCAUUUUGUCAUAUGUGCUAAUCCUUUGUGCUGUCUUUCACAUUCCAUCUUGGCAAGCCAGGAGCAAAGCUCUCAGCACAUGUGGUUCUCAUCUUUGUGUCAUUGGUCUGUUUUAUUCUCCAGUUGUCUUUUCUGUCUUAGCCCAGAUUUUAGGCUAUCAUAUGGCUCCCUAUUUACAGAUUAUAAUUGACAAUUUGUAUUUCCUGGUGCCUCCCAUGGUCAACCCCAUAAUAUAUGCAGCACGUACCAAACAGAUCCGGGAACGGUUGUUGCAGGUACUCAACUGCCACAGAAACUGA